AGAGGGCCCGGGGACCGGCGGCGGACCGCAGAGCCGGGGGUGUGGGCGGCGGGACGGAGGCGGCCGGAUAGGGGCUCCCGGGCUCCCGACCGCCCGGUCUCUCGGUCUCGGGCCCCUUUCAGGCCUAGAGCGUCCCGGAGAGCAGGGAUUGGAUUUGUGGUGCUUGGCCUUGUAGGCCCUGUUUGCGGGGCUUGCUUACCUUGUCCACACCUGGCCCAAGAUUCUAGCCUACAAAAUUCUCUCUGGGUCUCGAUUUCCUCAGGAUAGGGGCGGACUGGGGGGUUGGCCUGGAGGACAACUUAUGGGACCCCCAUCCCACCCCGGGUGUCACGAAUUCUACGAUUUUUACGUUGUCAGUGUUUCAACCGGUAAAUUAAGGAAGCCCUGUAGUCAGCGUACUGAGGGGGUGUCCCUGAGCAAGACGCAGUGAAUACGUCUUUGAGAGGCAGCCAGCCCUAGGAUCAGGAGCCUCAAAUUCUGGUCUUACCCCGUCCACCGACUCAACUGUGUGACCUUGCCCAGGCCCAUUACUCUCUCCGUAGCACCGUUUGCUUAUCUGUGAAGUGAAGGUGUUGGUUGCCUCUGAUGCUUCUCUUAGCUCUGAAAAUCAGAUUCUCAACUCCCUUUAAAGGAGUCUUUCCUUAGAGACAGACCUGAAAAGCUUGUCUUCCCUGUCUCCUGUAUAGCCUGGAGUUGACUGAUAAGAGACGUCUACCGUGUUUCUUUCCAGACACCAGACUGGCCGAGGGCAACUGGGCGCUUAGGAAGGCUCUUGUGCAGUGGGAAGCUCUGUCCUGAUGGCUUGGGUCUAUGCAUCUAUACCCGCAGUGUGAAAACACCCCUGUGCGAAAAACGGGAGACCUCGUUUAUUCUCUUAAAGCUGCUAUUAACUUGCUGGCACUUUGGACAAAUUCCUUCUGACUCUCCUCCUUCUGACUUGAGAGUUCUCAUCUGGCAAAUGAGAGCGUAGGGUUAGGUUACUGGUUUGUAAUCCUCUUUCCCGUACUCUGAGCAUAACUGAAGAGUAAAAUAAUGGCUCUUGUAAGGCCAUGACUUUCUGGGAGAGGAAAGAAAUGGGGUAUGGAAAGCUACACAUUGUGUAGUCCUAUAGAUUGAAACGUCUGCGCUUCUAAUUUUUAACUUUAACUUCUGACAGUUUCUGGUUUAGGUGAUCCCUAAGGCUCAUUCCCUGCUUUUAGAAUUUGUAGUGCUGUGAUUCUUAUGUUCUCUUAGGGCAAAGAAUAACUUUUUCGUGUGUGUUUGUUUCAAUGAAUGUGUGCCUGGAGGUACACACUUUAGUGGAAAAGAUACUAAGCCAUAGCAUAGGAAAAAAAGAAAAAAAAAAAACUCGGUUUCAGUAAGGUGAAGUGACAUAGUAAAAAUAAAAUUGGUCUUGCACUGGAGUUCAAGACCUGUAUCCUUGCUUAAGCACUGGUAUUUUCUGACUUUGUGUCUUUGGACAAGCCAGCUUACAUCUCUGGGCCUCACUUUUCUUUAUCUGGAAGAUGAAGGGUUGGACUGGAUGAUUCCUAGACCCUUUUGACACUAUAAUUCCAUUUGUGUUUGUUUUCGGACCAGCUUGGUGGGUGUGGUGUGGCAUUUCUUUAGGUAAGAGAGACUAUCCUAGGUAGUAGACACAGAAUGUUUAUGAUGUUAGGAAUGGGGUCCUAUUAAGUGAUGCGCAAGAUUGUUUUGAUACGAGCAAGCUGAAGCCAAUAAAGAAAGGCAUUAGAACCUGAAGGGCAGGAAAGCUCCUGACCAGAUGGGAUGGUUGAGGACAUUGGGAAGUUUUAAAUGGGAGAAAGGUAUUUUUAGUGAGGGCAGUGAAGACUAAGACUGCAUUCUAAGGCUACGUUUCACGGGAAAAACAACUCUGUCACCAUCUAGCACUUAGUAGGUAGUAAGUGAAUGAGGAGAUAGAUGGAUGAAUGGAUAGCAGCAAUCAAGAAUAGAAGGAGUUUCAGGGCGCCUGGGUGGCUCAGUUGGUUAAGCGUCUGAUUCUUGGUUUCAGCUCAAGUUAUGAUCUCAGAGUUUUCUGAGUUCGAGCUCUGCAUCUGGCUCUGCACUAACAGUGCAGCGCCUGCUUGGGAUUCUCCCUCUCUCUCUCUGCCCCUCCCCUGCUUGCGCUCUCUCUGUCUCUCAAAGUAAAUCAAUUAACUAAAGAAACUUUUUUUUUUUUAAAAAAAGGAGUUUCUCCAUAGAAUUCUUAUUUAGAUACAGAAUGAAGAAUUGGUUCAGUAUUAGGAAAAUUUUAUAGAAGAAGAGAUCUCUUAAGUUUUCUGUUUAGUUGUAAGGCAAGUUGGUUUAUCUUUGCCCUGUCCAGUGUGUUAAUAAGAGAUAAAACACAUACCCGGGAGGGCCUCGUGUGAUCUGAGGAAAGGAGUAAUUAGUAAAGUCAGGGAUGGAGGAGGAUGUUGGCGAGAUGGUACAGGUAUAGGAAGAUUUUUAGUUGUGACAUUUAGGGAGUGAAGGAGUGGAUUGAUACAGGACUUUUAUAGAUACCAGCAACUGUCAGAAUUGUGAAUAGUGUUAAAAUCUCUCCAGAGGUUCUAAUCCUUAAGAGAGGAUUAGAAGGAAAAGAACUUGAUUUUGCAAGCAAGCAAAUGUUGGUGCUUCCCCGUAAGAGGUGGAGAUAGCCUUGAGGGUCAAGGAUUAAAAGAGAGGGGUAAAUUUGGGAGCAAAGAGAAUGAACUGAGUUAGUAGAGGGUAGUGUAGUUCUGUUUGGGAAGAAAGGAGUUUUGAACCUACAGGCUGGAAGAAGAGCAGACCUAAGAGAAAUUGUAUUACAGCAAGACCCCUGGCUUAAAGAAUACACACAGACAACUCGGGUUUACUACUUGGAAUGUACUUGCACCGCCAGGAUGAAAAAGAUGCUUCUGGUAGCUAAGGUCUGCUGAACAGCCAGCCACAGAAUAUAGCAUCCCCAGGACUGCUGAGAGGGCUGUUGAGUGGGAGCCUACGUUAGAAGGACCACAAACCCUGAUUUGUGGAGGAGGGUUCGGUCAGCAGCAUUUCUGUCAGAGCGUCCAGAAGCCCAUCUCAGAGCAGUGGCCAGGCUCUGGAGUGCGGAGAAACAGCCGAGGUACGGAGCCUGACUUGAUGUAGGUGUAGUGUCGGCUGGGAAGUCCGAAUCCCAGCCUGAAUCCUGACACUUCAUACAUAUUCUGGGGCCACUGACUUCUCUUGCCUGGUUCUGUUUGUCCAUCUGAAAAUUGAGGGAGCUGGUCUUAGGUAGGGACCUCUGGGUGAGCUUUGAUGUGUCUGUGAAGUCCCCGAGAUUGCAUAUGAAAUUCAUCAUGCACCAGUCUGGGUAUGUUUUAUUUUCCUCCUGGGGAGAAGAUGUGCAGCUUUCACCAUAGUCCCAGAAGGGUUUGUGACCCACAAAAAGUUAAGAGCUGCAUGACCAGGUGGUCUCUGAGGGCCCCUUCAGCUUUGACAUUCUGGGAUUUUGUACUUCUGUCAGAAUGACAUUUUAAAGUCUGAGCCUCCAGAACUUGCUAACCCUAGAAAUAACACCUGGUGCUGCAAAAUAUAUUCUUCACAUAUGGUUACUCACCUGUUACUUAUACUUCCCUCUCCCUUACCCUCUGUGACUCUUCUGCUAGGCCCGCAUCAUUGCUUUACCUACUGUCGAUAAUAGGAUUUUCCCUCCUUUCCUCUUUUCCGUUUAACCUGCUUCUGCUUUGCACCUUUCCUACCUCGUUGAGUUUCUCAAAUGGCAAAUGACGAUAUGUUGGCUAUAGGGGUAGGAGGAAACCCAAGACGUGGAAGUCUAAUUUUCUAUUCUCACUUGCUUUUAUCCCUCAUCCCACUAAAAGAAAAGCAAUUAAGAAGAGAGAGUGCACCUACAAGAGAGACCGCAUCAUCACUUGGAUUUUGCUGGUCUUGCAUGGUGUUUUCUUCUCAUACAGGGAUACCAGGCCUCUGUUUCUCUCAGCAUAGCCUGGCUAGGGAUUUCACUGAAAUGGAAGAUGAAGCCAACCUUCGUUUAAAUAAUUUUGUUGUCCUCUGUAGAGUUGGAGUGGUGAUAGUACUCAAAAUAAAUGAGUCCUUUAAUGAGGAAUCUUUUUAUCUCCUGGAUAUUUCUAGGGGCACCUACUUGGAGGAGGAGAGGACUGAUGGCUUUCCUCUGGCUGUGGGUCCUGACUGUUAAGCCCCUGGAUGUAGGAUGGAGAUCUUAUCUUUUACCCUAGUGUUCAUCUUCACGGGUCCCCCACCAGAGGCUUAAGGCAGGGGAGUCACUACUCCACCUGCUGUCAAGUAGGUAGCUGCAUGACUAAGUCUUCAACUCUAGGCACGAUAUGGAAAAUGAUGUACAUAAUUUCACCUAAAAUGUUGUUAAUGCUGCUAAUUUAGGCCCUUCAGUAGCUAGUGUUAACGCAUACUAUAAGUUAAAUAGGUUUUUGUGGGCUUGCUGGGCACCUGAUCUCUGCAUAAUGUAUGAAAUCAUACCUGUGAGUAAGUAUUUUUUUCUGAGUUCUAAACAAGUGAACUUCUAUAAACUCAAAGUUAAGGUGCAGUCUGUUUCAUUUAAAACUUCAAGUGCAGGUUGUGCACUGAGGCUACUAAACCUGAUUCCCACAAAAUCACAGCUUGCAAAAUAAUAGGGAACAGCAAAAGGUGGAAUCAUAAGAAGAGGGUAUAAAUUGUUAGUGGUGUGGAUUUGGUAGAGAAAAAAAAAGGGCGAGGAAGGCUACGAAAGAUUUGUACUUAAAGGAUGAAAAUCAAGAACAGGUAUUCAUGAAAGGUUAGAGUUGUCCAGAUCCUUAAAAGUGAAGCAUGUGCUAAAAUAUAAUAGCUGGGAAAUUCAUCCAUGGUUGGGUUGGUUGAAACUGGUUAAUAGUCUCCUUGAGGCAUUUGUAGGUGCAGAUAGCUGUUUCUUUUGUGUUUAAUCCUAUGGAUUAAAAUUGGACUGCAUUUUUGUCAGGGUUAGAAGCCCGUUGCUAAGAUCAUUGAGUGCUGCCAUAGCAAACAGAGUGCUCAUAGGACCAUGAAAUGCUUCUUAGCAGCCUUGAAGCUACUGGAUGCCUCUGGAAUAAUGGAAAGAAUGAUGGAUGUUCAUACAUCAGAUAUUUGAGGAUUUAUUAUGAGCAAAGACUUGUCUUCACCUAGAAGUAGGAGAUUUGAGGUUCUUUUCCUGGCAGAACCGUGGCCAAGAAAAUACUACACAAGUUUUUAUAGGAGAAGCAUAUGCUGAGUGUCACAGGGAGCUCAAAAGAGGAGGUGCUUUGCAGUCAAGUAACCAAGAGGGAAGAUUUGCUCUUUGAUACUGGAGGUAACAUAGCAAUGGGUCCACGAAAGAAAAGUGUUAAAACAUGUCUCGUGAAUAAUGAAAUCCCUGAGGAAACCAUACCCGAUGAAACAAAGGAUUAUAUGAAUCAACUUUCACAUGAAGUGCUUUGUCAUAUUUUUAGGUACCUCCCUCUGCAGGAUAUCAUGUGUAUGGAAUGUCUUUCCAGGAAGCUAAAAGAAGCAGUGACCCUAUAUCUGAGAGUGGUGAGGGUUGUGGAUCUCUGUGCAGGGCGGUGGUGGGAAUACAUGCCAAGUGGCUUCACAGAUUCCAGUUUUCUCACACUAUUGAAGAAGAUGCCAGACGUCGAACAGCUAUAUGGCCUUCACCCUAGAUACCUUGAGAGGCGAAGGGUACGGGGGCAUGAGGCUUUUAGCAUUCCAGGAGUUCUGGAAGCUUUGCAGGCAUGCCCAAACUUAGUGGGUGUGGAAACUUCUCAUUUGGAGUUGGUAGAAUCUAUAUGGACAUAUAUGCCGCAUGUUCAUAUUUUGGGGAAGUUUCGUAAUCGUAAUGGAGCGUUUCCAAUUCCUCCUGAAAAUAAACUGAAAAUUCCUAUAGGAGCCAAAAUUCAAACUUUACAUUUAGUUGGGGUGAAUGUUCCUGAAAUUCCUUGUAUCCCGAUGCUAAGGCACCUUUAUAUGAAAUGGGUAAGACUCACCAAACCACAGCCGUUCAAAGACUUUCUUUGCAUCAGUUUACGAACUUUCGUCAUGAGGAACUGUGCAGGACCCACAAACUCCUUGAAGUAUGUCCCCUUAGUAACAGGCUUAGCCUCUGCCCGAAACUUGGAACAUUUGGAAAUGGUUCGAGUUCCUUUCCUUGGAGGUCUUAUCCAACACGUAGUUGAAGACAGUUGGAGAUCAGGUGGUUUUAGAAAUUUGCACACUAUUGUUUUGGGAGCUUGCAAAAAUGCUCUUGAAGUAGAUCUUGGUUACCUCAUCAUCACUGCUGCUCGUAGGUUACAUGAAGUUCGGAUCCAGCCUUCCCUAACCAAAGAUGGCGUCUUUUCUGCCCUAAAGAUGGCAGAGUUGGAGUUCCCCCAGUUUGAAACACUUCAUCUGGGAUAUGUAGAUGAGUUUUUGCUGCAGAGUAGAAUGGCGAAUGCAGAUCUGGUAAAGUAUGGUUUGGCCGAUGUGGUAGAAAAUCCUGGUAUCAUCACCGAUAUAGGGAUGAAGGCAGUCAAUGAAGUUUUUUCCUGUAUCAAAUACCUGGCAAUUUAUAAUUGCCCCCAUCUACAUAACCCAUACAAUUGGAUCUCAGACCACUCAAGAUGGACUCGAUUGGUUGAUAUCAACUUAGUGCGGUGCCAUGCUUUGAAGCUGGACUCCUUUGGCCAGUUUAUUGAAUUGUUGCCCAGCCUGGAGUUUAUUUCGCUAGACCAGAUGUUUCGUGAGCCACCCAAAGGCUGUGCUCGAGUUGGUCUAAGUGCAGGCACAGGAAUCGGGGUUUCCUCGGCCCUUGUUAGCAACCAGAACUCCAACAAUGACAAUGACAAUAAUGCCCAGAAUAAUGCCAACAUCCAUGAUAACAAUCACCAUCAUCCAGAUGACUCCGAUGAGGAGAACGACUUCCGGCCAGACCUGCAGCCAGGAGAGCAGCAGUUUGCAGCCGACGCAUUGAAUGAGAUGGAAGACAUGGUGCCAGAAGACGGAGAGGUGGUGGCUGCGAGCGGACGGGAGACAGCAGCUCGCAGUCAGGCGGUCAUCCCUGUGGAUGUUGACGAGGAGCAAGCAGGACCCAGUGGUCUUCAGCGUGUCGUAAAACCAACCCCAAUUACUGUUCAUGAUUCAGAGAGUGAUGAUGAGGAAGACAGUCUAGAACUUCAAGAAGUCUGGAUUCCUAAGAAUGGUGCUCGGCGUUACUCUGAGCGUGAAGAAAAAUCUGGAGAGUCCGUGCAGUCCAGGGAAUUGUCAGCAGUAAGUGGAAAAGGCAAGACUCCACUUCGAAAGAGGUACAGCUCCCAUCAGAUGGGCCAGUCGAAGCAGUGUCCCCUCGAGGAAAGCAGCUGUGAGAAAGGCUGUCAGGUCACCAGUGAGCAGAUCAAAGCCGAUAUGAAAGCAGCUAGGGAUAUUCCUGAAAAGAAAAAAAACAAGGAUGUGUAUCCCAGCUGCAGCAGCGCCACCGCCAGCACAGCGGGAGCCUCCAGCUCACACAGCACUGCUUCUCAAAGCCCCGACUUUGUAAGGACGGUGAACAGCGGCGGCUCUUCCGAGCCUAGCCCUUCCGAAGUGGAUGUGUCCAGGCAGUGUGUCUGCUCCCCCGGUGGGUCAGAGGACUCUGAGGCCAUGGAGGAGGGAGAUGCAGAGAGUUCUGUCUGCCCCAGAUGCUGCUGUCACAGGCCCCAGGAACCCCAAAGGAGAACUAGCAGGUGUUCUGAUGAGGAACGUCCUUCAACCAGCCGAGCCUGUGUUGUGAAUGGCCCGGAUGGUACGAGAUCCGCCUUUUCCUUUAGGACUCUGCCACAAGGGGGGUCUUCAGGCCCAGCACAUGAUGAGAGGACUAAUGGGAGUGGCUCUGGGGCUACAGGUGAGGACAGGAGGGGGAGCUCCCAGCCUGAGAGCUGUGACGUGCAGUCUAAUGAAGACUACCCUCGGAGGCCCCUAACAAGGGCGAGGAGCAGACUCUCCCAUGUACCGCUGGUAUCUGAGUCAGAGGUUGCCAAAACAAAGCCACGGCAUGCCAUGAAGCGGAAACGGACAGCAGAUAAGUCCACCAGUACCAGCGACCCUGUGAUUGAGGAUGACCAUGUGCAGGUCCUCGUAUUAAAAUCCAAAAAUCUUGUUGGAGUCACCAUGACCAACUGUGGAAUCACAGAUCUAGUGCUAAAAGACUGUCCCAAGAUGAUGUUCAUCCACGCUACCAGGUGCAGGGUACUGAAACAUUUAAAAGUAGAAAAUGCACCAAUCGUAAAUCGAUUUGACUACGCACAGUGCAAGAAACUGAAUAUGGAUCAAGUACUAGACCAGAUCCUACGGAUGCCUCCUGAGAGAAACCGCAUCAUAUACCUCCGCCCGAUGCAGCAGGUGGACACACUAACAUUGGAACAGAAGCUCUUUAGUGGUCCCUACCCCUAUCACAUCUGUAUUAUCCACGAGUUCAGUAACCCUCCCAAUGUCCGGAACAAAGUGCGUAUCCGCAGCUGGAUGGAUACCAUAGCAAACAUCAAUCAAGAGCUCAUUAAGUACGAAUUCUUCCCUGAAGCUACGCGAAGUGAGGAUGAUUUAAAGAAAUACCCCAAGUACCCGUGGGGGAGAGAAAUCUAUACUUUAGAAGGGGUUGUGGAUGGAGCUCCGUAUUCCAUGAUCUCUGACUUCCCUUGGUUAAGAUCAUUGCGGGCAGCAGAACCCAACAGCUUCGCCAGAUAUGACUUUGAAGACGAUGAAGAAAGCACCAUCUAUGCUCCUCGAAGGAAAGGGCAGCUGUCUGCAGACAUCUGUAUGGAAACAAUAGGAGAGGAAAUCUCGGAGAUGCGUCAAAUGAAGAAGGGUGUGUUUCAGCGAGUAGUGGCAAUUUUUAUCCACUAUUGUGACGUCAAUGGGGAGCCGGUUGAAGAUGACUACAUUUGACUGGUCCCUCCUACUCUCCAGGUAUUCUGGCGGAAAGCCGCUGGGGUCGCUCAGCUGCCGGCGAGUGCCACAGGGAUUCAGGGCAUGCAGUUUGGAAGCCCUGGCACAUUUUGGUAUAUAGGAAAUGUACAAGGAACACUGAAGUUGUAUACAAAGAUUUGUACAUAAAGAAAACAUACAAAGACAGUUCCUGAGUACCAACUUUAUAUCAUAUGUUUAUACAAUUUAAUUUAAGAAUUCAUUUUAAUGAAGGCAGAUAAUUGGAAAGAGUUCAUUUCGUUCAUUUUCGUUCAUUUUUCCUGACUUAGUUCAUAAAGUGUCACUUUUUGGCUGAGCCCCCAAUUUACUAUAUUCUUGAUAAUCAUUGUCAUCCCCUUAAAUCUGUGCCUUUUUCUUCUCGAGCAAAGCUGUUUGAGUAAAUCUGUUGAAGAGUC